GAAGAAAAAGAAACGGAAACUCCAGCCUCCCCGGUUAAACGUCAAUGUUGUGGCUGUUUCUCUUUCUCCAGGUAUCUUAAUCUUUAUUCUUCGCUCCUCUCUAUGAACAUGAGCGAUCCUUGGCAGGAAUGUAUGGACUUCUGUUUAGAUGUCACCAAACGGGCAGGAAAGAUGAUCCGUGAGGCGCUGCAGAAGGACAUCACCAUCAUGCAGAAGAGCUCUCCGGUUGACCUGGUGACCGAGACGGACCAAAAAGUGGAGCAGCUCAUUAUAUCUUCCUUAAAGGAGAAGUACCCCACGCACAGCUUCAUCGGUGAGGAGUCGGUAGCCGCUGGUGCUCCCAGCAUCCUUACCGACAAUCCCACUUGGAUCAUUGACCCCAUCGACGGCACCACCAACUUUGUGCACAGGUUCCCCUUUGUGUCUGUAUCAAUCGGCUUCACAGUGAAGAAAGAGAUAGAGUUUGGGAUUGUCUACAGCUGCAUCGAGGACAAAAUGUACACGGCACGGAAGGGGAAGGGGGCAUUUUGCAAUGGAAACUCCAUCAAAGUGUCCGGGCAGAAAGACAUCAGCAAGUCUUUGGUGUUGACUGAAACGGGCUUCAAGAAGGAAGCUGAGCACUUCAAUAUUAUGUUGGCCAACAUCAAGACUAUCCUCACCAUACCUGUUCAUGGGAUCCGCUCCCCGGGCAGCGCAGCCAUCAACAUGUGCCUAGUGGCGUCCGGUUCAGCCGACGCUUAUUAUCACAUGGGGAUCCACUGCUGGGACAUGGCUGGAGGGGCGGCCGUUGUGACUGAAGCCGGAGGCGUCAUCAUGGACAUUUCAGGUGGCCCGUUUGAUCUGAUGUCUCGCAGGCUGAUUGUUGCCAGCAGCAGGACGAUAGCUGAACGACUUGCCAAGGAGAUAACGGAGUUCCCUGUUGGCAGGGACGACACAGAAGGCUCCUAAACCUCCGCAGUCAGCUAAAGCCGAGUAAAAACACACACAGCUGCUUUCAGUGUAACAAGUGUCGAGCCUGACUUUGCUUUAGGAACCCAAAUGAUACAGUUACCUCUGAACAGCAGCAAGCUGGUUUGUUAAACAUUUUAUUCUCCUGUAUAUCAGUACUUAGUCAUACACACAAACUUUUAUGUUGUUGAGUUGUUUGCACUGUGUUGUAAUUUAUUGAAUCACUCAGGCAUUUUUUUUAGUAUUCAGUCAGAAACAAGAAAUACAUUUUUAUUAAUAGGUACCUCAAAAAAUCAUCAUUACAGCCAUAAAAAUAUUAACAUCAAGGUUCACACUUAUUUCUAAAGAAGUUUAAAUCAAGAAUAUUUAUUCAGUUAGGGGAAAAAAAUCACAUGUAAAAAAUGUAACUAUUCUUUUUAAACAUAUACUCUUAUACAAGUUAUUCACAAUAUCCUUUUAAACUUCAAAGAAUAUUUAUCAUCAUUCCUAAAAAUGGGAAAGACAAUAGAACACUGAAUUCAAUUUAAAUUGGUUGAUUGAUUGGUAAGGAAUGGCCUCAAGAGAAGAGCUGCUGAGUCUAAACUUGCCCAUAUCUGCAGUAACAAUCUACAAACACGCUGCAGAAAAGAGCGGCUUCUCAAUAUGGCUUCUUUGCAGCCAGCACAUGCUAUCUACAUGCUAUCUACAUGCUAACCAGGUUUUGCAGGCCCCUAAAAAAGAAGUCCUAUUUUUAAUAACCUCAAUUUUAUGGCCUUAAAAAGUUUUGUGAUUUCUUGUGGUAGGUCUGAAAUCUAGUAUGAGACAGUAUAUCUUAGAUUAUUUGUUCACUGUUUAAUUCAUCUGCUUUUGUUGACAAUGGACCAAUUUUUGCUCAAAGUAUUAUUAAGUAGAAAGACAACUGGAAAGACGUUUUUUCCAGAAAGCGCUGUACCUGUUUUAAGAGUGAAUUUAGCUUGCACUGUCCACAAUUGAUCACAUGCAUCACAUGACUAACUCCUGUACUGUAUAUCUAUUUUUUCAGUACUGUAUGACUCCUUUAUUAAGUCUUGAAUAAAAAAGCCUGACAUGUGAA